GCUUACUAUGCGCAUGCGCAUAUAAAAAAUAACACUGUUUCGCCUAGAAUAAUAAUAUAAGUCAAUCUAAGCUUAUCAUUGAGUUAUUAUUAUUUGUUUGUUAACCUACGUCAUCUAUUUUUGUAAAAUUCAAAUUCAAGGUACCUUUUAGAUUAUUAAUUUUUUGAUUUAAAUGUCUAUUUUACUCGAAUACUUAUGAGCUAUGUUUUCGUGAUUCAUACACAGUUUAUCGUUCAACGCUAUGGAUUUAGCUAAAGUAAGCAAUGGAGAGAAGCUUAACAUAUGUAGGAAAUAUUUUUAUGGUGGAUUUGGUCUUCUACCUGUAUUAUGGCUUGUCAAUUUCGUAUGGUUUUUUCGAGAUGCAUUUUUAAAAGAGACAUUCCCUGAGCAAAAGAAACUCCGUCAGUACGUAACAAUAUCGGGAAUCCUUGCACUUUUUGGUAUAGGAAUAGUGGUGGCAUGGGCUAUUGUCUAUCAAAAAUAUCGACUCGAUUGGGGCGAAGCUGGAGAUAGAUUAUUAUUUGUUAUUCCUGUUGGGAAACCAUAGAUCUAAUCUGGUUUAUGAUAAAUUACAAUCGAAUUUUAUAAUAUCAACCAUGAUUUAUAUAUAUUAUAUAUGUAUAUAAUUAUAUAUAAUAUUUAUGAUCAAUGAAAGUCUGUCAUAUGUUUUUUUUUUUAGUCUUUAAAUAUAUUUUCGAAAAUAUUUGCAACUAAUCAGGAAGUUACGGGCGGGACUAUUAUAGGUUGAAAAAGAAAACUGGUAUAAGCAAGCAAAAUUGCCAUUCUCCUCCGCCAUUUUGAACUUAGAGGACAGAAAGGAUUUUUGAAUAAUGUUGAGAAUUUUCACCUCCAGAGUAGCAUCUGUUGUUGAGACAGCAGCGAGAGCCAAUUUGAGUGCCACAUCAAUCGUCUCAAGACGCUGUAUGUCGAAACAUGUAGUCGAGUCUGAAGAAGAAUUCGACGCCAGGUACGAAAGUUUCUUCAACCGUCCAGAUAUCGAUGGAUGGGAAGUGAGAAAAGCCAUGAACGACAUCCACGCCGACGAUUUGGUCCCAGAACCCAAGAUUGUUAUUGCGGCCCUCAAAGCUUGUCGUAGAAUUAAUGAUUACGCUCUAGCCGUUCGUUAUUUGGAAGCUAUUAAGGACAAAACUGGACCUAAACAAGGUGAAAUUUGGCCAUAUAUGCUGAAGGAAUUACAACCAACCUUAUCAGAAUUGGGAAUUUCCACCCCAGAAGAAAUGGGCUAUGAUAAACCGGAAUUUGCAUCCGAAAGUGUUUAUGAUAUGCAUUAA